CCGCCCGAAGCGAGGAGGGGGCGCGCGAGCCCGCCCCGGCCCGGCCCGGCCCCGGCCCCUUCUCAGCCCCCGCCCGCCUCGGUCCCGGGCGCAGAGCGUGAGGUGCCCGCGAGCCCGUCGGCCUCGCCGCCCCGCAGCCCGACCCCGCCCGGUGCCCGCGGCCUCGGGUCCCUUUGUGAGCGCCCCCUGGGCCGGUGGCGGCCACUGAGGCGGCCGGGCCUCCUCGGCGCGGCCCAGCCCGGCCCGGCCCGGCCCCGGCUCCCCGCGCCUCCCGCGCCAUCUUUGCGGAGCCCGGCAGUGCUGAGGGCGGGCGCCUCCCGGGCCGGGCCGGGCCCCGCCGCCGCGGCCCCCUCCGGCCCGCCCCUUGUCGCAGAGCUCGGGCUGGGCGACUGGCGGGGGCGCCGGAGGGGGGGCGGUGGCUCGCCUGGCCCCCUCCUUCUGCUCGUCGUCGUCGUCGUCCUCACCUCCUCGUCCGGCAGAGCGGAGCGGAUCGGCUCCGGGGGGCUGCGGCUGCCCACCGCACCCCGCCCCGCCCCGCCCCGGGCCGGGCCUGGCCUGUCGCCGAGAGGUAGUCAAUGCAGAAGUGACUUCAUUCAUACAGAUGAACCAAGGAUUGGGACAGCAGUGUAAACCCAGAUAGUCAGAUAGCUGACUGCCCAGCAGGAUGCCAUCAACUAGCCGAGCGGGCAGCCUGAAGGACCCAGAAAUCGCAGAGCUCUUCUUCAAAGAAGAUCCAGAGAAACUCUUCACAGAUCUAAGAGAGAUAGGACAUGGGAGCUUUGGAGCAGUAUAUUUUGCACGGGAUGUGCGCACUAAUGAAGUGGUGGCCAUCAAGAAAAUGUCUUAUAGUGGAAAGCAGUCCAAUGAGAAAUGGCAGGACAUUAUUAAGGAAGUCAAGUUUCUACAGAGAAUAAAGCAUCCUAACAGCAUAGAGUACAAAGGCUGCUAUUUGCGCGAGCACACUGCAUGGCUUGUAAUGGAAUAUUGUUUAGGAUCAGCCUCAGACUUACUAGAAGUUCACAAAAAGCCAUUACAAGAAGUGGAAAUAGCAGCAAUUACACAUGGUGCUCUCCAGGGAUUGGCCUACUUACAUUCUCACAACAUGAUCCAUAGAGAUAUCAAAGCAGGAAAUAUCCUCCUGACAGAGCCAGGCCAGGUGAAACUUGCUGACUUUGGAUCUGCUUCCAUAGCAUCUCCUGCCAAUUCCUUUGUGGGGACGCCAUAUUGGAUGGCCCCAGAAGUAAUUUUAGCCAUGGAUGAAGGGCAAUAUGAUGGCAAAGUAGAUGUUUGGUCUCUUGGAAUAACAUGUAUUGAGUUAGCGGAAAGGAAGCCUCCUUUAUUUAAUAUGAACGCAAUGAGUGCCUUAUAUCAUAUAGCUCAGAAUGAAUCCCCUACAUUACAAUCCAAUGAAUGGUCUGAUUAUUUUCGAAACUUCGUAGAUUCUUGUCUUCAAAAAAUUCCUCAAGAUCGGCCUACAUCAGAUGAACUUCUCAAGCACAUGUUUGUUCUUCGUGAGCGCCCUGAAACAGUGUUAAUAGACCUCAUUCAGAGAACCAAGGAUGCCGUAAGAGAGCUGGACAACUUGCAAUAUCGGAAAAUGAAGAAACUCCUUUUCCAGGAGGCACAUAAUGGGCCUGCUGUAGAAGCACAGGAGGAAGAAGAGGAGCAAGAGCAUGUUGUUGGCCGAACAGGAACAGUGAAUAGUGUUGGAAGUAAUCAGUCCAUUCCCAGUAUGUCUAUCAGUGCCAGUAGCCAAAGCAGUAGUGUUAACAGUCUUCCAGAUGCCUCAGAUGACAAAAGUGAAUUAGAUAUGAUGGAGGGGGAUCAUACAGUGAUGUCUAAUAGCUCUGUCAUCCAUUUAAAACCUGAAGAAGAAAAUUAUAGAGAAGAGGCAGAUCCAAGAACCAGGGCAUCUGAACCACAGUCUCCACCCCAACAAGUGUCUCGCCAGAAGUCACAUUACCGUAAUCGAGAACACUUUGCUACUAUCCGCACAGCAUCACUGGUUACUAGGCAGAUGCAGGAACAUGAGCAAGACUCGGAGUUGAGAGAACAGAUGUCUGGCUACAAGCGCAUGAGGCGGCAGCACCAGAAGCAGCUGAUGGCUCUGGAGAACAAGCUCAAGGCUGAGAUGGAUGAGCACCGCCUCCGACUGGACAAAGACCUCGAGACACAGCGCAACAAUUUUGCCGCAGAAAUGGAGAAACUUAUCAAGAAACACCAAGCAGCUAUGGAGAAGGAGGCUAAGGUGAUGGCCAACGAAGAGAAGAAAUUCCAACAACAUAUUCAAGCACAGCAGAAAAAAGAAUUAAAUAGCUUUUUAGAGUCCCAGAAGAGAGAAUACAAACUACGCAAAGAGCAACUUAAGGAGGAGCUAAAUGAAAACCAGAGUACCCCAAAGAAAGAAAAACAAGAAUGGCUCUCCAAACAGAAGGAGAACAUCCAGCACUUCCAAGCAGAAGAGGAGGCCAACCUCCUCAGAAGGCAAAGGCAGUACCUGGAGCUGGAGUGCCGGCGCUUCAAAAGGAGAAUGCUGCUCAGCCGUCACAAUUUGGAACAGGAUCUUGUCAGAGAGGAGUUAAAUAAAAGGCAGACCCAGAAGGACUUGGAGCACGCCAUGCUCCUGCGACAGCACGAGUCCAUGCAAGAGCUUGAGUUCCGCCACCUCAGUACCAUUCAGAAGAUGCGCUGUGAACUGAUCAGGCUGCAGCACCAGACCGAGCUCACCAACCAGCUGGAAUACAACAAGCGGCGGGAGCGGGAGCUGAGGCGCAAGCAUGUCAUGGAGGUUCGGCAACAGCCCAAGAGUCUGAAGUCUAAAGAACUGCAAAUAAAAAAACAAUUUCAAGAUACCUGCAAGAUCCAGACCAGACAGUACAAAGCCUUGAGGAACCACCUGUUGGAGACCACACCAAAGAGUGAGCACAAAGCAGUUCUCAAGCGGCUCAAGGAGGAGCAGACGAGGAAACUGGCCAUUCUGGCAGAGCAGUAUGAUCACAGCAUUAACGAAAUGCUCUCUACACAAGCUCUUCGUUUGGAUGAGGCUCAGGAAGCUGAGUGCCAAGUCUUAAAGAUGCAGCUGCAGCAGGAGCUGGAGCUACUCAAUGCAUAUCAAAGCAAGAUCAAGAUGCAGGCGGAGGCCCAGCAUGACCGGGAGCUCCGAGAGCUAGAGCAGAGGGUCUCCCUCCGCAGAGCACUCUUGGAGCAAAAGAUUGAAGAAGAGAUGUUGGCCUUGCAGAAUGAGCGCACAGAACGAAUACGAAGCCUGCUGGAGCGUCAAGCCAGAGAAAUUGAAGCUUUUGACUCUGAGAGCAUGAGGCUAGGUUUUAGUAACAUGGUCCUUUCCAAUCUCUCCCCUGAGGCAUUCAGCCACAGCUACCCUGGAGCUUCGGGUUGGUCCCAUAAUCCCACGGGGGGCCCAGGCCCUCACUGGGGUCAUCCCAUGGGUGGCCCACCUCAAGCUUGGGGCCACCCAAUGCAAGGUGGACCCCAGCCAUGGGGUCAUCCCUCGGGGCCAAUGCAAGGGGUGCCUCGAGGCAGCGGCAUGGGAGUCCGCAACAGCCCCCAGGCUCUGAGGCGGACAGCUUCUGGGGCGGACAGAGCAGGGCAUGAGCAGGAGCACAAGUGUUACUUCACAAAUAUCCAAUGGUUCACACAUGUCUUAUACUUAACUCCAACGGUGAUCGUGCGUGGCACUUCCACUGGAGCUGUCUGCCAAGAGCAACUGCUGCCUCCAGACAUCAUCACCACAGCCAUGUCACCUGGGCGCCGCAGUGUGGGAGCCAAGUGCAUCUGGAAUAGUUUGUUCAUUUUGUAAAGCGUUCCGUUCUGUGUUUACUAAUGGGAUGUCAUCGUAUUUGGCUGCUGGGCAUGGUUUUUUGUUUUGUUUUGUUUUGUUUUAUUACUUGGAGGGAGGAGUACUGGGGCCAGGCAUUGUAUAGGUGCAAAGCCCCCAUUGCAUGUAAUGGAAGGCAUUCUCCAAAAAGGGGCAUUUCUGAAUGCAGCACAGUGAGCUUAUAUUACUACUUCCUGGGUUCCUCUAUCCUCAGAGGCUUAUGGGAAGGUUUGGAGUUUUCCUAAUUCCCCACAAUCCUUCAAAGCUGCUCAUGGCAGGCAACAUGUGUGCACUAAGCUAGAUUAGUGUGUGGGCCAGACCUACAUUCCCUCCCCAGGUUAAAAUUCUUGUUAAGUUGGCCUGGUCUCUCAGCAUCCCCAGAGCAGGAGGAAAAGGGGACACAUCCACAGACACCAAAAGUUUCCAGGAAUCUGCCCAGUUCCAGGGGUCUAUUUAUUUAUUUUGGGGGAGCUACACAGGCUUGUUAGUGGUCCAGACCAUUCUAGUGUGCUCUGCAUCAGGAGGCAGUUGUAACAUCGAAUCUUUGAGCCCGUAAAGGAAAGAAACACAGUUCUGGUGUCUUUCUUCCUCUUCCAGUCCAUACUGUGCUUUUCCAGCAUGAGUGGGGAAAGGUUAAGGUUGCAAAGACUGCACAUGUGCUGCUCUUCCCAUUGUAGCUGAGGACCUGGAUCAUCCUGGAGGCCCAGCUUUUUUUCUCUUGCUCCCUUCUUGAAAACAAAAGCCACGUAGCCAAUAUAUGCCCACGGCCAUGUAUUUGAAGGAUACUGCGUCUGCAAACUGCUGCCUGUUGAAAUUCUUCCCACACUACACAUUCACAGAUGUGAUUUUUUUCCCCCCUUUUGGCUUGUUGCAAUGUCCUGUUUACAUGUAGUGUAGCCAAUUGUUUCGGUGUCUAGUUGCCAUACAGAGUGUACAGGAGUCGCUGAGCCAAUGACUUUGACCAGCUGCUGGCUGAUCCCCAUCACCACUGUAAAUGGGCUGCAUGGGGCCAGCCCCCUUUUUGCUCUUUUCAGUUACCGUUUCCAUUGCUGCACUGCUCUGCAACUUUCCCAUUCGUUGAGGCUUUGUGAUCUGUUGGUAGCAGGUUAAAACCCCCUCCCCUAAAAUAGGAGACACCACUUCCAGAAGUCUCUAUACUCUUGUGUCAACAGUACUACUGAAAAGGAGCUAGGAAGUUUGGCAAAAUUUUAAAAAUAAAUUCUACUGGUCAGGGAGUCUGUUGACAAAAUCUCUUUUGUUGGUUUUUCUAUUUGUGUUUGUUCAUUUGUUUUUGUUUUUAUGAUGAAGGAUCAACCUUUAGGACUGAGUCAGGAGUUUCCUGGUACUCUCAUCAGUGCCAGUUGGCCAAGCUGGAAGUCCUUGAUUAAAACCAGGUCAGUCAAGUUUGACUUGAUGUAGAUGUUCUUUCCCGUCACCAAAGUUUCUUGUAACUUAUUUUUUUCUCCCCCUUCCUAGCUUUUCUUGAAGAGAACCCUAGCUGCUAACUCUAGAACUUAUUUUACUAAGAAUCCUAAGGCAUUGAGGGCCUUGUCUCUCCUCAAUUCCUGUCAAUGGCACACCUCUCCAACCCCACCAGAUUUCAUAACCAUUUGCCGAGGCGUCCAGUUUCUCACAAAUCUUUUCCAUUCAAAAGAUAUUAGGUAUCUUAAUAAAGCCAAAUGAAAGAAAAAUUUCUUUUUAUGUAAAUUGUUUGGAAGCCCUUGCCACAGGAGGUAAAAGGGGCAUUCAUGAAAGUAGGACAGUGAUCCACAUAACAAGGGAAUCCAGUUAGCAACGUACCUCACACUACAGUUCUUCACAGGUCCAAAAGAAAAUGUCACAACUACUUGUCAUACCUGGUUAUUGAUUAGAAAUCUAGUUUGUUAGCCAUUUUUUGCAGGACAAUAUAAUUCAAAUGCUUUCAGAAAAUUGAGAUUGGCUGGACAUUGUGUUUUCCUUAUUUGAUUUGAGAGGGUUACAAUUUCAUCAGGAAUUCUCACAUAUCCACUGGAAUUUAACAUGGUAGUGGCAGUUGAGGGGUGGGAUACAUCCAGAACUUGUGUGCGUAAGGGCUAAUAGGAACAAAAUCAAUUGAGGUUAACCCAUCUCAGACAACUUAAAAUCCCCUGGUUGCACCAAUGGUCUAUUUUGAGCUGAAGUUAUUUAUUUUCUCCUUGUUGUUGACUUGAGUGAAAAAGAGCUUUGGCCUAAUCAAAUUCAGUUACUUCCCUCGUGUUCUCUCUGAGCCUGGGUCUUGGGACACCUGACUUCACUGACCCCAGACGGUCUUUUCAAUGGAGCUUUGUAGCCAACCUGAUUGUGUAGUCACCAGCUUUAUGUGUUGGUCAUGUGCAGACCUGAAUUAUUCCAUUAGGUUAAUGUUUUAAUUAAAACAGAUAGUUUGCAAAGACUGAUUCAGGUUUUAAUUGAUUUGUGUUUGUGUGUGUUGGUGUGUGUGCGCGCGCACGCGUGUGCAUGAGAAAAAUCUGCAGUCUUCUACAUAGUGGGAAUUAUCCCGUAGAAAAGUUUGGUUUUGAGUGAGGUGAGCCCUUUCUGAAUCAGUUUGCAAAUACUCCCUGGUAAUCAGAUCGUAUUACCUCUCCGGAGUUCUGGUGCAUGUCUACUUCCUGUGCGUGUUUAAAGAAUGGUGA